AUGGAUAAUGGUAAAAAGGCAGUAAUCAAGAACACCUUGGUCCACGGGCGGAGGUUUGGUUUCAACGUUGUGGGGGAGGGAGGGGGACACAUUGGAACCAGGGUGUCUAGGGGGGGGGGAAACCAGGGUGUCUGGGGGAAACCAGGGUGUCUGGGGGAAACCAGGGUGUUGCUGGGGGACCAGGGUGUCCCCCAGAAAACUAGUUUCAAACCGCUGGAAAAGAGAGAUGCAGCCGUCCAGCCGGAAGAGACAGACUACCUCCGCUCUGCAUGCGGCAACUUUCAUGUGCAGCCGGGCGGCCCGUUCUCUGGAGGGGUGGAGGCGGUUCUGUCCAAGCCUCGGUUCCACCUGGACCUCUGGCUCCGCUUCACUGUCCAAAACUGGCUCCUGGAUGUCGGCCGGCCUGUUGUCAUGCUGGUCCUCCCAGCCGACUGGUUUCCCCUGAACCGUCCCGGCGCUGCCGAAUACCUCCACAUCCUGUACAACAUCUGCACACCACUUAUCCAGCUCAAAAUGCUUGAGCGCAGCCCCAGGACGUUUCCUCGGCUCGCCGUCCAACUCGGCGUCAUUGCCGUUGUCAUGGGGACCAGCCUCCACCUGGUCGCCGACUCCAUCACCCGACGGCUGCUGCUGAUUGGUUACCAGCCGCACCUGUCGCUCAGAGAGAAUCCAGUCAUGAAGGACCUGAAACCGUCCGCCCUGAUCGAUGCCUUUGAGCUUCUGUUUUACUUUGACGACACUCUUGGUCAUCUGAUGUGGUAUGUUCCCAUUUUCCUCGUCCUCUUCCUCUUCUUCAGCGGAAGUUUCAGCUACCGGAGACAGGAAGAGAAGAUGCCAGCGGCCGCGUGGAUGCUACUUGUUCCCAAUGCCGCCUACUACUGGUACCUGAUCACAGAGGGACAGACCUUCAUCCUCUUCAUCUUCACCUUCUUCGCCAUGAUCGCCACGGUGAUGCACCAGAGGAGGCGGGGCAUGGUUCCCGACGGCAACGGCCUCUUCAUGCUCUACAGUUUCUCUGCAGCUCUGUUCCUGGUGGCGGUGUGGGUGGCGUGUCUGUGGAGCGACGGCGUCCUGAGGAAGAAGCACCCCGGGCUGAUCUACGUUCCGCAGCCUCGCGCCGUCUACACACUCCACCUCCGCCAGGACACACACACGUAACACAACACUUCCUCCAACAGACACACACUUUCACACUGCCACUGACUCCAUUUGUUGAAAGGACAAAUAUUGGAUUUCCUCUUCUCUGGUUCUGACUUUUCAAAUGUCAUACUGGUAAAAUGAUGAUGACAGAGGGGGACAGAAAUGUCUCAGAUCGCCCGUGGCUAUUCGGCCUGAGUGAAAUAUAUUCCAAUGUUAAUGCAAAGCUUAGCCAAAUUCCAGUAAGAUGUGAAGAGAGUCACCCUUCCUGUACUGCAGGGAAAUAUCACAGAGUUGGAAACUCUAUGUGAUCUUCCCCAUGAAAACACGAUUUAAAGGGAUAGUUUAGCUACAGUAGAUGGCGGCCGGCCAACACAUUCUCACUCCCAUCGCUUAAAAU